CUUUUAUUCUUCUCAAUUGUUUAUUAAUAAUGUGAUUAAGUAUAUAUUUAAUAAUUGAAUAAAAGAUUGUUAUUAGAUAGAAUAACAUUGAUUAUAAAUUAUGUCUUAUAUAUAUUAAAGAAUAUUUGUAUUAAAUUAAAUUUUAAAUAGAAUCUUCAAGUAUAUCUAGGGAUGUACCGAGACCGAGAUUGAGCCGAGACUCUCGGCGCGAGCCGUCUCGGUCUCGGUCAGUCUCGGUCUCGGUUAGUCUCGGUCUCGGUCAGUCUCGGUCUCGGUCAGUCUCGGUCUCGGUCUGUCUCGGUCUCGGUCAAUCUCGGUCUCGCUGAGUCUCGGUCUCGGUAGUCUUGGACGAGACUCUCGGUCUCGGUCAUGUUUCUGAUUAGAAAUAUACCGAGGGUACAGAUUCAUUGAUAUAUAUGAGAAGUUUUCAUUUGCAAGAAUCUCCAAGACUAUAAGAAAUUUAUUGUUAACUAAUUCGUUUGCUUUCAUGUAGCUAUCCCUACAUAGGCACGGUUGGAUUCCGAAAGGAGAAAACUACAUUUUAUUCAGAUGUGACGGAAAUAUUGAAGUUUUCAAGUAGGAUUGGCUUGAAUUUGGUCUCUUUCUUUCCUGAUCGAACUUUCCCUCAGUACGUAGAGCUAGAUAAAGGUAAGGUGAUCAAUUAGCAAUAAACGACUUGUAGAGUCUUGAAAGUUUUUGAAAACGAAAAACCCUUGUUUGUAUCAAUGAAAUUUCAAUAUCAGUAAAUCCAUGGUCUCAUUAAGCUUUGAUCUUCAACUUUUUGAAAAUUUGUUUUUGAUUCAAAAAACUUAAUAUAUCGAAGUGUACGCGUCUUGUGAUAUUAUAUACAAUAAAGAGAAGUUGAUUUUUAUUAUGGUUAUGAUCUCUUGAAACGUAAAGCAUUGUUCUCAACGGUUCUGAAUCAUCUUCCUAUCUUACUUCGUUAUAUGUGUCCUUCAUUGAAACGAUAAUAUAUCUUGAAUUAGUCUCUACUUUAUAGAUUUUGUUCGAAAAAAAUUAUUAACUAUUCUUAAACGGCUGAGUAAAGUUUUUGACUAAAAAUAAUAAUAAUGAAGGAAGUAUUAUAUUUUGCAGCUACUUUCACCUACUGGUCAGAGUUUUAAGACAUUUAUUAUUCACUAACAGUAGUACGAUCAAUCAUCUGCUUUCAGGAUUGAUAUAUUAGGAGGUGUCUCUUUAAAAAAAAGUAGUCUCUCUUCUUUUAUAAUGAAAUCGUCGCACAUUAAUAUCAUCUUUAUUUUUGUUUUCUCAACAAUAUUUUCAGAAUAGAUAAAGAGAAACAUCAGGUGGAAUAAGACGGAGAGAGCCACAUUCUAAAACGUUUUUUUUCUUUUUUUUCAUUUUGUUGUUGUUUUUUGUCUUUUUCAUUUAAGAAAAACGAGGAGUAAUAACAACAAGAGAAAAAAACUAAUCUAAUAAGUAUACAUUUACUAUCCAUGCAUAUCUUUUAAUUAUGAGAGAUAAUCGAGGGUUGACUGUAAAGAAAGAAAAUUGAUCGAUAUGUGAAUCGUUAUAUUGAUUAAAAUAAGAGAAUAUGUAACGAAUGAAUCGUCCAAAAGGGCAUCUGGUUGUACAGGCCAGACAAAUAGUGAGAAUAAAAACUGGCUAGUCGAUAACAAAUUUUACCUAGAGAAAAGAAAAAAAUAACGAAUUAUCGCAUAUUGUGUCUCUCGUCUCGUUUCAAUAACGUUCAUUAACAUCGAACUAUAGCUGGUGGUUGGGUACAAUUAUUCAUUGUUGUAGUUAUUUUUUUUCUUUCAAUCUGUUUGGUUAUUAAUGCAUUCAAAAAGAACUUCGACAAAUAGUUCUAAAAAAAAACUAAAAAAGGUAGACCAGCAAACAAUGGCCAACCUCUUGACGACAUUUUAUAUGAAAAAGUUCUUACACUCAAUGUUGGAUCGGAAACAAAUCAGUCUUCGUCAUCUUCAUAUUCCAAUAAUAAAACACUUAAUACAACGAAUACUGAAGAAACAUUUGACCAACAACAAGUUACUGAUACAACACGAAUUGACGAUAAUGUGUUACCAAUAAAAUCAGAAGUAUGGAAUAGUGCCACAAAGUUACCAAAUGGUAAAGCAAAAUGCAAAAGCUGCAAUCGUGAGAUUGCAUGCAAAGACCAUUCUACAACUGGUCUUCGUCGACAUUUAGAUCGUUGUAUGAAAACCUCGAAAUUUUUAUCGAAUAACAGUACCAUUUUCAACAAAUCAAUUAAUAUCCAAAUGAAAAAAAAAUUACAUGAAUUGGUUUACCAAUGUAUUAUUCAAGAUGGUCGUAGUUUUGAUGAUUUAAGAAAACCAGGAAUGUCUCGUCUACUUCAAGAAAUUAUUCCAGCUCGAAAGCAUCUAAUUGUUCCAAGUACAUCAGUUCCAUCGGAAUCAACAUUUAGUAUAGCUUCGUAUCUUGAACGAAAAGAACGAAAUCGAUUGACACCUGAAAAUCUUUGUAAAUCGAAUAAAAUAUCAUCAGGAAACUGUUUAAAUGCCAAAACUGAUGCAGGUAGAUAUGUUAUUGAACCAAAACAUGUUGCAAAAAGAGUUUGUCGUAGCCGAAAAUAUCUUUCACACUAA